GUGACUUGCCGUUUAUAGUCUUACGUUACUUGAUGAGCUUAACUUUAUAUCUGUGUCGAGUCUAGUCGAGAUUUCUUUCUUUUUUCGAGAUGGCUGAAGCAAGGGACCAGCUCACAGGGAAAAUAGAGAACUUGAGAAUUGGAAUCUUGAAAGAAGGCUUUGGAUUGAAGAAUUCCGAAGCAGAUGUGGAUAAGAUGGUUAGAGAAGCUGCAGAACAGCUGGCUACUGUAGGUGGCGCAGUUGUCGAAGAGGUGUCUAUUCCAAUUCAUUCUCACGGUGGUCGAAUCUUUAGGGCCAUCCUAGAGAUCGGAGGCGAUCGAAUGAUGUUUGACGGAGCCGGUUUUGGAACUUCUGCAGAGAUGUAUUACGACACCACUCUGCAAGAGGCCUUCUUCGAUGCAGCACUUGAAAAAUACGAUGUGUUGAUUCUGCCAACCAUCCCAAAGAAGGCACCAGUUUUCCCGAAGGAAAAGUCCCCUCCGUUGCAAGAUUAUUUGGAGAGGGCUUCUGAAAGUGUUCCAAACACGUCGCCAACAAAUGUCACAGGACACCCAGCCCUGUCAAUCAACGCCGGCUUCAGUGAUGGUUUACCAGUUGGUAUGAUGAUUGUGGGAAGAAAGCUUGACGAGGCGACAAUUCUGAAUGUCGCCCGUGCUUACGAGAAAAUCAGGGACACUACGUUUGAACCUUUCUAAUAUGCUCCCUUCCAGAAUAUUAGCUAAAAAAGGUAGCUCUUAGCCCUUUUAAGAUGCGUUUUGCCUAGAAUAGCGUAGUUUGUAUGUUCCCAACAUUUUGCUGGUCUGCGGUAAGCACUGGACGCGUCAAGUUUUAGGCUAUUUUACAUGCCACCUGUUGUCCAACCUUAUGCUAAUUGUAAAAUGUAGCAAUUGCGGGUUGAAACGUUUGCAUGACUGAAAGCUUUAUUAUAUCCUUCAGCAGCUCAAUAGUGUGAUUGUCAACAGAGCGACGAGAGCUCUUUUUUUAAAGAUGCUUCACAUAAAUGUUAAGGACACUGUCUCUGAAAUGUAUCGGCGUGUAGUUAUGCAUAUGCACUUAAUUAUCGUCUGAGCGCUAACUUUAACUCACUGUGUGUCAAUCGCAGUGGCAUU